GGUACUUGAGUGGUGAGCCGACAAGUUUGUUAGACUUUCUUUGCGUUUGGGGGUUAAUAUUAAAAGCCCGAUGCAUUCUGUGCUUGUGACCGGAGCAAAUCGAGGGAUUGGACUGGAAUUCGUGAGGCAGUUGCUCCGGUUGCGGGAGCCGCCGAAACACGUGUUCGCCGGAUGCAGGACGCCUGAAGAUGCUAUGGAAUUGCAACGAAUGGCGAAGGAUAACCAAACGUUACUGAUCGUCAAAUUAGAUGUUUCUGACGAGACGACCUUUACAGAGUCUGUCGAGAUGGUCGACAAAGCCGUGGGUGAGAAGGGACUUGCAGUUCUCAUAAACAAUGCCGGCAUUUUACGCCUCGGUGGCACCGAGACGACUACAUUAGCAGACAUGGAGGAGAGCUAUAAAGUGAAUGUCAUGGGACCUCUGGCUGUCACACAGGCCUUUCUUCCUCUCCUCAAACGAGCAGCUGCAAAAUCUGAUAUCAACUCACACCAUCUGAGCAUCCAACGAGCUGCCAUCAUUAAUAUCACAUCGGCACUCGGUUCAUUGCAGCUAUGUACAUCCAGUAAAUAUAUCCCAUACAGAACAACCAAGGCUGCACUUCACAUGCUGACCCAGUGCAUGACCUUUGACCUGUCGCCUGCCGGUAUCCUCGUAGUAGCUCUGCACACAGGAUGGGUACGGACCGACAUGGGAGGCAAGACUGCCAUCCUCUCGCCCAAAGAGAGCAUCAGUGGGAUGCUGAACGUCAUGAGAUAUCUUACGGAGAUAAACGCUGGUCAAGCACUCACGUGGGAAGGGAGGAUAUUGCCGUGGUAAUGCCGUCAGACUGUUGUCAUAAAUACAGGCUAACAGUACACGCAAACAAAACCAGAAAGGGUGGGGGUGGUGAACUGUACACGAAACAAUUAAAGAAGGAAUGUUAAUUCUUCUUACUCCCAAGAACUAACUGUAGAAUGGAAUCUAGCCUGUUAAAUUCAUAAGUCAGGUUUCGCGGACUAAAAUAUUGUUUUCCCCUAUAGUUCGCCCUCCGCAUCCCACAACACUUUUCAUAUAAUGACCCGGCAAAACUUAGCUUCGCUAAUUCGUUUAUGUUUCUUGUAUAUACGCCGAAUGUAUCAGUGUCUACUCUUUUAUAAUUAGUCGGUUAUGCACCUGUGUUUACUGAUGUCCUUGUACCAUAGGUCUGUUUAUAUAACACCCAAGCAGAUCCUUGCCAUUUGAUUGGAGGAUUGUCCGUCACGUGAUAGCAA